AUGCAGUUAGACGCAAACGAAGUGAUAUUAAAGAAAGAUUUCAUGGCGAAGAGAUCGCAGAUAAGAAAAUAUAUGUUCCUGGGUCCCAAAUAUCGCGGCAAAUGGUUCAUUCUUACACCAAACGCUUUUAAAUAUUACGAUGGCAGCAUCGAGACUGGACCAAAGCGCGUAAAGGGUGAGAUUAGGUUGUCCUCGGUUCUUGCUGUGGAAACAGUUGAUGGCGAGUUCUUGGACAACAGACCUUACGCUUUUCAGGUGGUUUACAAACAAAACGAAGUAGGCCAUCUUGACGACAAGAGCAUGAUCUAUGUUAUCUCGGUCAGUGAGGAUCAGAAAAUUGAAUGGAUCCAGUCAAUUUAUGAAGCUUGUCACGAGGUAGGUUGUCAGUUCAGUAAACUGUUUCACAGAGGUGUGUGGUUGGGUAAAUGCUACAGUUGUUGCUCCAGCAUAAAUCAGAGAAGUGAAGGUUGCCAACCAACCACAGUUGUCACGGCGAAAGUUAUACUGGAAGGUUGA